UGACAAACUUACACUACUCGGUUCCUGAGCUUCUUAUCGUGUCACUGCACAUCGGACAGCUGCCCCCCCAUUCCGAGAGGCUAGAACCCCCUCACAGUCUGACAAACUCAAACCCUCUGUCCUACAUAAGCUUUGCCCGGUUUGAAAGCUGCACUACAGAACAAGCCUCUGUGGGAUGGGCGUGUAGGCAUCAAUUCCCUCAGCUCCAGCCAUGGAUGAGCCGGACUUCCGGCCAGCGCUGCUGGUCAUCGAUAUGCAAGAGGAUUUUUGCCCGCCGUCCGGCUCGCUCGCCGUCCCAGAAGGCCGCGACGUCACGCCGCUGAUCAACAUCCUUCUGGCCCUCCCCUCCAUUCGGCUCAAGGUAGCCACCAAAGACUGGCAUCCGCCCAACCACAUCUCUUUCGCAAGCAACCACAAGAACAAGCGGGCCUUCGUCGACACCACAACCAUCACCAACCCGCACAACGCGGCCGAGACGUACACCACGCGCCUCUGGCCGACACACUGCGUGCAGUCCACGCCGGGCGCCGCCCUGAUCCCGGAACUCGACACGGCCCGCCUCUCACACGUGAUCGAGAAGGGGACAGACCCGCGCGUGGAGAUGUACAGCGCCUUCUACGCGCCGCUGAGCCUGCCGCGCGUAUCAGACAGCGGGUUGGCGGGCUUGUUGCGCGAGCAGGGCAUCACGCGCGUGUACGUGGUCGGGCUGGCGGGCGACUAUUGCGUGCGCAGCACGGCGGAGGACGCAGUGCGGGAAGGGUUUGAGGCGUAUGUGAUCGAGGAAGGGACGAGGCCUGUGGAUCCGGCAUUGUGGGGGGAGGUGAAGAGGGAGAUGGAGGGUAAUGGGGUGCGGGUUGUGAGGCAGGAUGAUAGGGAGGUGAGGAGGUUGUUUGGGCAGUGAUGGUGGCCUAGUGAGACCCGUCCCCUGAGAAGCAGGGCUGGGAGGGGAGCCUUCGCCUUGCCGCAUGGAAGAAGCUUACCAGCAGGCCCAUAAGUGGUAGAAGAUAAAGAGGCCAGAUGUGGUAAUUGGGCUGAUGAAAUGAGCAUGUUCUCUGUAGAGAUUUGCGAAUGUUUUGCUUGCCCUGGAACUCCCCGCUCAAGAUGGCCCGGUUCAUGUCUCAUGCAAUUCAUUACUAGGUACUAUUUACACUCCACAGCAGGCGGACUAAUAGGCUAGAUAGAGAAGCAAGCCUCAUCC